AUGAUUCUGGACGAAGACCUUCUCACUUUUUUAAACAUUUCUAUUCUUCCUCAGGUCUAUGACACAAUCGCCGGGUCCUUCAGUGAUUCCCGCUAUGCUCCUUGGCCGGGCGUAAUGCGCUUCUUAAAAUCUCUUCCUCCGGGUUCGUGGGGUGCGGAUAUUGGCUGUGGCAAUGGAAAGUAUCUUGUCGCUGUAGCUCAGAAUAAUCUUUUGCUUUCGCCCCUACUUGCUUCUGAUACUAGCAUUCGAUUGCUAGACCAUGUUCGGGGUCGAGGUUUCGACGCUGUUGCUGCCAACCUUCUCGCACUUCCCUAUCGUUCUGGUUUACUAGAUUUCUUUAUCUGUGUAGCUGUUUUGCAUCACUUGGCAACGCCACAGCGCCGUCUAGAUGGUAUUAAAUCAAUGGCUUCAUUGUUGAAAGGUGGUGGUCUCGGCCUGAUUCAAGUUUGGGCGAAAGAUCAACACUGGAAAGGAAAGUCGACAAUGUACCUCAAAAGUGGGAAAUUUGAAUCCACAGAGGGGGUUGUUAUGGAGGAAGUUGCGGUUCCAGGAGGUGGUAAAAUUCCAUUGCAAAAAUUGCGCACUCCCUUUGUUGCAACUGAUGUUCUCCUACCUUGGAAUGCAGUAAAUAAGAAAGUUGAGACUCCAAACAAGGUUGCCUUAAUGCGCUACUACCAUGUUUUUGAGACUGGUGAACUAGAAAACCUGAUUGCUCAAGUGUCUUGCCUAGAACUUGUUGAAAGUGUAUAUGAACAGGGAAACUGGUCUGCGAUUGUGCGAAAAAUUGAACCCACGCUAGGGGAGAAUAAUAAUGAAUAA